UAGUUUCAUUUUCGCGGAAAUUUGAAAUUGUUUGCCCAAGAAAAAAUAGAACACAGCAAAAUACAAAAGGAGGAGGAUGAAUCAGACAAAGUCACACAUACCACAUUAUAUUCAUGGAACUAAGUCUAGCCAUGCAAAAAGUUCUAAAACUACAGAUACUACAAGUAAAUUAACCAGACCAAAAUCUACUACAUAUGGAUUUAAUGGUCGAAAGAGAUCAACAGAAGAGGAAGAUCAGAAAGAGGAUAGAAAAAAUGAACAGAGUGAAAUAACCAGAUUAAAGACACUUACAGGCAAACAAAAGGAAAGAAUUGCAAGUUUAGAAGCUUCAUCUGGGAAAGAAAAUGUUCUAAAAGAUGAGAUAAAAACAUUAGAAGACAGAUUACAGCAGACAGAUGAAAAAAUGGAAUAUUAUGAAAAACAGUUACUGCUGUGUAACAUAGAUCCAGUUUCACUGGAAUCCUUAGAUCCCUUACAAGAAACUAAAGGAGCUCUUUUGGAGAUAGGGAAUAGGACAAAGGUAGAAGUGAAUAAGUUAAAAGAAAGCAUUGAUGAAAUGAACAACAAAACAAAACAAGUAUUGAUUGAUUUGAAGACAAUUGGAGAUGAAUUGGAUAACAUAUGUGCAGAAGAUGAAAUGGUGCCAUCUUAGAAAUGUGACUUAUUGUUUUUGUUUUUAUGCUUCAUUAAACCAGUUUUAUCAUGC